AUGCGAAAUGUCGCUAUUGGAAAUUUGAUCGCUUUAGCAAUUCCAUUACAAUCCAAUGACCCAUAUCUCUCAAAUACCUUCAUGUCGUAUAAUUUUGAGUCGAAUUAUGGGGCAAGCACAUCAGCGCCUGACUUUACAAAUGCUUAUUUGGACAAAUUCAUGCUCCCUUACGACAAACCAGAUCCCGAUUUAGACGAUUAUCGUCGUCGCCCAUUAGGAGGCGUGCGUCGUUCGAUCCCUUCUUCGCCGCAACAUCAACAGCAAAUCACCCGAAAGAACAUUUAUCGCGUAAUUGAAACUUACCUGACCAAAGCUUGUCUUCUGCGAACAAUUUGUGAAGUCGCAACAACUCCUUUGGCAAAGUACGAUGGCAUUUUGGGAGACAUUUUGCACAUUUUAUUGACUCCAUCGACGUCAAUUCAUGAAAUCGGCAUCGGAAACGAGUAUUAUUUGGCGGAAGAAAUUGGAAGACAAUCAAAAAGUUGCUCGGAAUUCAUUGAAUCGUGUCCGAAAAACGGCUUAGAUUUAUUUACGAAAUAUUUUUAG